AUGAUAAAGAAGGAUUGGGUGGAGUUACCUCCACACAGUCAAAGUUAUAAGGACGGUGUAAAUUACUUUUUGGAUAUUGCAUUCACCAAAGGAAUGGUUGAAGAAGAAGAGAUUUUGUGUCCUUGUUUUGUAUGUUGCAAUGAUAGUUGGGAAGUAAGAGAUGUAGUGUAUGACCAUUUAUGUAGUAAAGGAUUUGUAAAGGGAUACACUGAAUGGAUUUAUCAUGGUGAAGAUGAGAGUCUUAUAGAUCUUGAUGGUGAUAGUGAUGAUGAAACAUCAUCUCAUGAUGAUAUCGAUGGCUUACUAUUUGAGACAUUUAAAGAUGUGGCUGAAGGAGGUGGAGUACAUGAAGGGAUAAAUGAAGAUGCAAAGAAAUUUUAUAAACUAGUUGAUGAUGCAAAUCAAGAGUUGUAUCCUAGUUGUGAAAAUUUUUCCUCGUUAUCAUUCACUAUUCGAAUUUAUUUGUUGAAAUGUCUCCAUGGAUGGAGUAAUGCAUCAUUCACUGCUCUCGUAGAGUUGUUAAAAGAGGCUAUGCCAGAUUUGAACAUCCCUGUCUCUUUCAAUAAAACAAAAUCUAUGAUAAAAGAUUUGGGCUUAGACUAUAAAAAGAUUGACGCAUGUCCGAACAACUGCAUGUUGUUUUGGAAAUAUCACGAGAAAGAUGAUUCAUGUCAUAUUUGUGGCACGUCAAGGUGGAUUGAAUAUCCUGAAGUUGCUAAUGAUCUUGAAGAAUCUAUAAAAGCUCAUAAGGUUGAUCACAAUUUGGACAAAGAGACUAUUGCAAAGAAAAUGGAGAUAGACAAACUCUCACAACCAAAAGUAAUGAAAGAUCAUGCACAUGGUGACAAAGAAGUUGUACAAGAAACACCAAAGAAAAGAACUCAAGUGAAAGCUACAGUGAAUAGAGAAAGAAUUCAAAAGGUUGAUGGAAAAUUGGACAACCACAUUGUUAUGAAGAAAGCAGAGAGACCUAAGCUUUUGCAACCACAAGCUAAGGAAGUUCUUGCACAUGGAAACAAAGAAGUUUCACAAGGAAUGCUGAAAAAAAGAAUUCAUGAGAAUAUACUAGAGAACAAUAGAGAUAAAAUUCAAAAGGUGGAAAAACCAGUUGCAAGGAGAAUACUUAUUUCUUCCAAAAAUAAGAAACCAGAGAAAUCUACUCUAUCUUUGGACACAAUGAUGUCAAAAGCUGAAUGCUCUCAAAAGCUAAACAGGGUGCCAAAAUGCCCAUCAAUGUUGAUUGAUGAUUAUGUAGAUCUUCACAAGUCAAAGGAAAUGGAUGCAACCAAGUCAAACAAUGGUGAAAAACCGGGCAGCAGCGUUAACCGUAGCUCUAAUCAAAAUCAAUCAAAAAAAGGAACUCGACAAGAAAGUGUUCAAAAUCGGGCAAAAGUCAACGAAGAAGAUGCAAUCACAAAUAGAGAAGAAGAAAAAGAAACAUCCCAAAGAAAAACUCGUGGGAAAACUUUGUGCAAAAAGAUUCAUGCAAGAACUUUGGAAGAGCGAGUAGAAGUGACCUUUAAUGAGGAUUUUCAGCCAAUUGGUCCUAGUGAAAAAGUAGUAUCUGACUUGAGCCUCUUCUUGGGAACAUUGGCUAGGAACUCAACAUUUUGUCCUCUACGUUACACCAAUUGGUCAGGAAUGCCAGAUGAUAAUAAAAACCGUUUCUGGAGAUAUACUAAUCGGAAGUUUAUCUUGCCGGUUGAAGCACGAGAUUGGAUUGAGACCACUGUUAGAGAGGCAUGGAGAAGAUAUAAGCACAAAAUUAAGAAGAAUCAUUUUUUGAAGUAUUCCAACAUGACCGAGAGACUCAAAAAUCGUCCGCCAAACGUGCCAAUAGCCCAGUUUAAGAGUCUUUGUGCUUUGACUCGUGAAAAAGUGGAGUGUCCAGGCAGGGUACGCUGUUAUGGGAGAAACAUAACUAAAACUUCCUUAAAGAGAAAGGCAGAGAUUAAUGCUUUGAAACAAGCCCACAGUGAAGAGGUCUCUACAUUAAGGGACGAGUUUCAAGAUAAGAUUGAUAGAUUGCAAAAUGCUUUUAAGACCGUAAUACAACAAUGCAAUCCUCAAAUUAAUAUAGAGUCAAUUGAAGAUUUGUUAGGAUUAUCUCAUGGAGAUGCUAAUAGUUCCCCAAAGGAUAUAAGACCGCAAAUGCAUUCAUCUACAUCAACUCAUGCUCCAUGUCAUGGAAAGGACGAUAUAAAUGAUGAAAUUCAAGAGGACGACAUAAAUGAUAAAAUUCAAGAGGACGACCUAAAUGAUAAAAUUCAAGAGGACGACGUAGAUGACGAAUUUCAAGAGGACGACAUAGAUCUAGAUGAUGAAUUUCAAGAGGAGGAUAUAGAUGGUGAAUUUCAAGAGGACGACGUAGAUGGAGAAUUUAUGGAGGAUGACAUAUCUAACGAAUUUCAAGAGGACGAUCUGGAUGCUUUACUCCUAGAAGACAAACUUGAAUGA